AAACAAAAAGUUGCUUCUGAUUCAAUCUUCAAACAGACAUGCUGCUGCUGGAAGUUUGUUGCAUUGCAGGCCAAUGCUCAACAGAAAGACUGCAGUAACCUUGUGAGUCUCCCAAGCAGCAUAGGUGGGUGUAAGGGUUUAAGAGCUCUUAAUCUUUCUGGUUGUUAUAAAGUUGAAAAUUUGUCAGAGAAUUUGAAGCAACUAGAGCUUUUGGAAGAGCUUGAAUUAAGUGAAACAGCCAGGAGAAGACCAUCUUUCAUUUUUCAACUUAAAAAUCUUAAAGUUUUGUAUUUCAAUGGGAGCAAGGGAGCAUCAUCUAAGUUACGAAUGAAUCUACCUUCCUUAUUGAAGUUAAACCAAAGAGCAAUGAUAGAACCCAUGCCUCUGAUGUUACAUUCAUUGUCAGGUUUGAGUUCAUUAAGAGAGUUGAAACUUAGGGACUGCAAUCUUUGUGAUAUUCCUAAUGAUAUUUCUUCUCUAUCCUCUUUUGACUUUUCUUGAUCUUAGUGGUAACAAUUUCAUCAGUGUACCUUCGUCUAUUACUCGACUUUCCAAGAUUGAUACUCUUCGAUUGGAUAAUUGCAAGGAGCUUAAAUCAUUGCCUGAGCUUCUAACAAAUAUAGGAACUGUGUUGGUAUCUGGUUGUGUUUCGCUUGAAGCAAUUGCAAAUCCAUCAAAAGUAUGCAAUUCAGUGAAUUGGGCGGAUAUUAGAGGAAUUAACUGUUACAGAUUAGCUGAGACAAUGAAUGUAGUAACAUUGCUGAAAAAAAAAUUAAGGCACCUGGAAAUUUAAGAAAAAAGUUUACUGUUAUUAUACCUGGAAGUGAAAUUCCAGAAUGGUUCAACCAUCAGAGCGCGGGGUUUUCAAUCAAGAUACCACUGCCUCACAAUAUUUGGAAUGAUAGUCAAUGGAUGGGAG